CCUGGAGCCCGUAUGCUUUUUUCAUAGCCCACGGGGUAUUGGCCGGCGCUUCUCGACUGCAAGAAGCCCCUCUGGAUCAUCCAUCGUCCUUGGUGUCUGUGUGACUGUGGACCGCCUAGCUCUCGGUCUUCCCUCUUCCAGACCCUGUGUGGCCCUUACUCUUAGCCUUGUUUCCACUUGCCUUAGUGUCCAUCUAGUUGUUUAUGACUGAUGCAGUUUCGCGUCUGAGAACGUGGCUUUUCGCUGAUUACCUUUUGUGCUCCUUCUUUCAGCCUCGCCUCCCUAAUUUGCAUUCCACUCAACAACAUCGACACUCUUUUGCGCCCUUCUCCCUGAUGGGAUGAUAACAACUAUAAGCCGGAUUUAACAGGACCCUCUUUCGACAAAGCAUGAGAGAUGUCAAGGUCUGCGACGCCUGCGCUACCUUUGCAUAAUGCCCAGGUCUCCGGUUUACGACCCCCGUCUACCACUCCGGCGGGUGUGCGCUCGAGUCCCUCUCCCCAAACCUCAACCUCGACCUACUCCCUAUUAGACCCCCAGGAAACCGCGGAGCAUCUACAAACCUCUCUUACCCACGGACUCACUCCGGCAGAGGCCGAGGUGCGCCUAAUACGGGAUGGACCAAAUGAAUUGCCUCACGAGGAGCCCGAGCCGCUAUGGCUGCGGUUUCUUAAGCAAUUCCGGGAAACAUUGAUCUUGCUUCUUCUAGCAUCGGCAGCGAUUUCGUUUUUCAUGGGUAAUUACGACGAUGCUGUCAGCAUCACUCUCGCCGUAACAAUUGUCGUUACCGUCGGAUUCGUUCAGGAGUAUCGGUCGGAAAAAUCCUUGGAAGCACUGAGCCGCCUGGUACCGCAUCAUGCCCAUCUUAUUCGCGACGUCCCCCAUUGGAACACUCCGACGGACAGCUCCAUACCCGCGGCGCCCGCAGGACCCGAUGACAGCAUGGAGUUGCAGGAACUUCGAACCAAGAGUCCUGGCUCAGCUUCGGCCGCGGUCAAAGCCUCCACUACGGUUCCGGCAGCCGAGUUAGUGCCCGGUGACAUGGUUCUGUUUACUGUUGGUGAUCGCAUUCCGGCAGAUAUUAGGAUCACCGCUGCGACGGAUCUAUCCAUCGAUGAGUCCAACCUCACGGGAGAAAACGAGCCGGUUACGAAGUUUGCCGACGCCAUUCGGAAUGCAAAAAAUACUUCGAUCCAUUCGCCCAAAAUCGUCAGUCCUCCGCGGUCGCCUUUUUACGAUGCCCCGGCCAGUGGUGCUGUAGGAGCGGAUAUCCGUUUAAAUGAGCAGCACAAUAUCGCUUUCAUGGGUACUCUGGUUAGAUCGGGAUACGGACAAGGAAUCGUGAUUGGCACCGGUGCAAGAACGGAGUUCGGCAGCAUUUCGGCCUCUUUGCAGGAAAUUGAGAGCCCGAGAACGCCUCUACAGCUCUCGAUGGAUCGAUUGGGCCAAGAGUUGAGCUAUGUCUCUUUUGGCGUCAUCGGAUUGAUUGUUGUCAUAGGGUUACUGCAAGGUCGCAAGCUCCUUGAAAUGUUUACCAUUGGUGUCUCUCUGGCGGUCGCGGCGAUUCCGGAGGGGCUUCCUAUCAUCGUGACGGUAACCCUUGCUCUGGGCGUGCUGCGCAUGGCAAAAAGGGGAGCAAUCAUGCGAAGACUUCCAAGUGUCGAGACCCUGGGAUCGGUGAACGUUGUCUGCAGCGAUAAAACAGGAACUCUCACCCUCAAUCAUAUGACUGUCACGAAAAUGUGGCAUUUCGAUUGUCCUGAGCCGUUCGAGGUCCACAACGACAUCACAUCUUUGACUCCAGGGCCUGCAGCUAGAACUGUGCUUCGGAUUGGAAACAUUGCCAACAACGCCAGACUGUCGCGUGUGAACGCAAAUUCGCCCGCGAGCGCAUCAUCGGCCGCAGUAUUGUCCUCCACUGACGAUAGAGCCUCCGGAUCCGUGAGGAGCAGAUGGGUUGGUCAACCCACGGAUGUCGCCAUAUUGGAUCUAUUGGACACGUUUGGAGAGGAUGACGUGCGCGAUCGUAUCAGUGCGCGCGUUGCCGAAACUCCCUUUAGCUCCGAACGCAAGUGGAUGGGCGUGAUCAUCGGAAGUGGCACUUCCAGUGAAACCAACGUUGCCUAUAUCAAGGGUGCUCUGGAGCAGGUUCUGACCAGGUGUGAUACCUACCUAACCAAGGACGGCCGCGAAGUUAUCUUGGAUGAGCCGCGACGCCAGACUGUCCGACAGGCAGCUGAGCAGAUGGCAUCGGAAGGACUAAGAGUCCUGGCUUUCGCCAGUGGCGCGGUGAGGGAUUCGUCUAGAGGAAGGCCUUUCGGGAGCAGGUCCGGCACUCCUACUUCGAGAACCAGCCAGGGUGAUGACGAUGAUCGAUACAACGGAUUAGUCUUCUCUGGACUAGUGGGCAUGAACGAUCCACCCCGCAAGAACGUGCACAAGUCGAUCAGGCGCCUAAUGGCUGGAGGGGUACGAAUCAUCAUGAUAACGGGUGACGCGGAGACCACUGCCGUGGCCAUUGCAAAAAAACUCGGAAUGCCCAUCAGUGACGCUCCGGGUUCGCGACCCGUGCUCAGUGGGGAAAGUAUCGAUCGCAUGAGCACGGAGGAACUUGCGCAAGCGAUAGCCUCUGUUUCAAUCUUCGCCCGCACCAGCCCGGACCAUAAGAUGAAGAUUGUCCGUGCCCUCCAGUCCCGAGGCGACGUGGUAGCCAUGACCGGAGACGGUGUGAACGAUGCGCCGGCUCUGAAGAAGGCCGACAUUGGCAUCUCAAUGGGAAAGCUUGGUACCGACGUUGCGAAGGAAGCUGCGGAUAUGAUCUUAACGGACGACGAUUUUUCAACCAUCCUGCGAGCUAUUGAGCAGGGCAAGGGAAUCUUCUACAACAUCCAGAACUUCAUUACAUUCCAGCUCAGUACCAGCGUUGCCGCCUUGAGUCUGGUGCUCUUGAGUACCACUCUCGGCUUCAAGAACCCGCUCAAUGCUAUGCAGAUUCUCUGGAUCAAUAUUCUCAUGGAUGGCCCUCCGGCGCAGUCAUUGGGUGUAGAGCCGGUUGAUCCGACCAUCAUGAGCCGUCCGCCGCGACCCAGGACAGCCCGGGUCCUCACGAAGCCGCUCAUCCAGCGGGUGGUCACCGCGGCUCUGACGAUCAUGAUGGGUACCCUGGCGAUCUACGUGUACGAGAUGGGCGAUGCUGACGACGGCAUUACCCCGGGCAAACGAUCUCGGGUCGUUACGGCACAUGACACGACCAUGACUUUCACCUGCUUCGUGCUCUUCGACAUGUUCAACGCACUUGCUUGUCGCAGCGAGGGCAAGUCGGUGCUCCGCGGCGAAAUCUCCCUCUUCGGAAACAAGAUGUUUAAUUACGCAGUCUUCGGGUCCCUUGCCGGCCAAGCCUGCGUCAUAUACCUGCCUUUCUUGCAGAGGAUCUUCCAGACGGAACCUCUCAACUUUGCCCACCUGUUCAAAUUGUUGUGUAUUUCGAGCUCGGUGUUUUGGGUCGACGAGGCCCGGAAAUUCUACCAAACUCUGAAACGGCGCCGGGCCGUUGGGGUAGGAUAUAGUGUGAACGUUUGAGGGGGGUUUCCUUCGGUAAAGAGAUUUGAUAAACUUUGAUUUCAUAUAAUCUUUUUUUUUGGGAGAGGACGGGGGUGUAUAAUUGUAUAGAAGAUCGGAGGCGUUUCUUACAGAUCAUUGUCUUGUAUAUCAAUCAUCCAACUGUCCAUGU